AUGGGACUAGCAUCAAUAUAUCUAAGCGAAAUUGCUCCAAUAAAUUUGCGUGGAGCGAUCGGAUGUAUGUCCAAUGUCUUCCUCUAUACAGGCUUUCUUUUCGCGUUGGUUGUUGGCCUGCCUUUUAUGUUAGGGGAUGAGGAGAAUUGGCAUUUAAUAUUUCUACUUUCCUACAUACCUGUAAGUGUUCAAUUAACUUUGUUGGGCUUCUUCUGCCCUGAAUCACCCAAGUACUCCUACAUUGUUCAUGGAAAUUUCAUGGAAGCUGAGAGGAGUCUGCAAUUGCUUAGAGGAAGGAAUGAUGUAAAAGAAGAGAUGGAUAUGCUAGACAAAGAAGCAUCCACAGCCAGAUCAACUUCACACCAAAAAAUUGGUUUUUGCCAAAUGUUAGAAAAAAAGUAUUUACGUUGGUCACUCUAUUUGGGCAUUUAUUUGGUCUUUUCUGUCCAAACUAGUGGAAGUGCUCCAGUUGGUGUCUACUCCACAAAAAUAUUUGAGGAAGCAAAACUUUCCCAACUUAAUGCACAAUUAGCAACAUGUGGAAUUGGUGUUGUUAAUGUUCUCUCAAUUCUUGCCUGUGUCUAUUUGGUUCAACAUCCAAGUAUUGGCCGUCGUCUAUUAUUCAUAACAUGUACUGCUGGUUGUUGUAUAUCUACUGCAUUAAUUGGAAUCACCAUAAUCAUCGCCGAGAAAGGCAAUGUUGAAGCUAAUAUAACAACAACAGAAACUACUACAACUUUUACCACUACUAUAGCUACAACAAUUGCUUCUUCUACUGCUUCUGGAGGAAGUCUGGCUGCGUAUCUCAGUAUUGUCUUCAUUGCGGUUUAUGUUGUCUUCUUCUCUAUUGGAUUUGGUGAGGAAUUUUGAGGAGUCUUGAGUCUUUUUAAUUUUUUUCCGCUUGCAGGAGCAAUAACCGAAACAUAUUUGAGCGACCUUUUCCCUUCGGAAGCCCGAGCCGCUGGUUGUAGUGC